GUCCUCGGCUGGGCCCACUACCCACCCUGCCCCCAUGCUGCUCCUCGCCCUUCUCCUGCUCCUGGAGCUGAGCCUGGCAGGCUCCCUGGGACCCGGAAGCUCUGCUCAGAACCUCCCGGAGAAUCAUAUCGACCUCUCGGGACCAGCACUGUGGACGCCUCAGGCCAGCCACCACCGUCGGCGGGGCCUGGGCAAGAAGGAGCGGGGCCCAGGCACACCUGGCUGGACCCAGGAUGGGGCUGUGGUCACUUCCACCAGGCAGGCCUCCAGGCUCCCAGGGGCAGAGGGACUGCUGCAUGGGCCGAGUCCUGCAGGCCUGCUGCAGGACAAAGGUCUGCUCCGGGGGCUGACUCGGCCCUACCCCGAGAAGGAGAGCCGGGCUCCAGGGUCAGAGAGGGUGAAGAAACGAGGCAGGGAGCACAAGAGACGGAAGGAGAGGUUGAGGCUGCAUAGAGGCCGAGCCUUGGUCAGAGGCCCCAGCUCCCUGAUGAAGAAGGCGGAGCUCUCAGAAGACCAGUCCCCGGAUGCUUUAAUGGAGGAAUCCUCCACCAGCCUGGCCCCCACCAUACUCUACCUCACCACCUUUGAGGCACCUGCCACCGAAGAGUCACUGAUCCUGCCCGUCACAUCCCUGUGGCCCCAGGCUCACCCCAGGCCUGACGGGGAGGUGAUGCCUACACUGGACAUGGCCUUGUUUGACUGGACUGACUAUGAAGACUUAAAGCCUGAGGUCUGGCCAUCCACAAAGAAGAAAGAGAAACACCGUGGCAAACUCUCCAGUGAUGGGAAUGAAACAUCACCAGCUAAAGGGGAGCCCUGCGACCAUCACCAGGACUGCCUGCCAGGGACCUGCUGCGACCUCCGGGAGCAUCUCUGCACGCCCCACAACCGAGGCCUGAACAACAAAUGCUUUGACGACUGCAUGUGCGUGGAAGGGCUGCGCUGCUACGCCAAAUUCCACCGGAACAGCAGGGUCACCCGGAGAAAGGGGCGCUGCGUGGAGCCCGAAACGGCCAACGGAGACCAGGGGUCUUUCAUCAACGUUUAGCGGCCCGCGCGAGACGCCUUCGCACCGGCCUGGGGAUCGAGCUCCAGAGUUUUGGAGAAGCCGGGCAGUUUGUUUAUGACUAGCGGUGGCGGAUCAAAUGCGGGACCAGCUGACUGAGGCUGCAGGCUCAGAUCCAGGACGCUCCGUUCCGAGCCCUGGACGAACUGCCCCUGCCCAGGCAGCAGCACGCCUGCACCCACCCCUGAGCGUACCAGAGACCCACACCGCCUGCGCAUCCGGUGUCCGUGUUCGCCACGAUGGUAAUGUCGAGAGUGCCCUCUAUCGUCCUACCGCAGCACUGCAACGGUUUCAAGUUUCAAAAGGAAGAGGGUUUUGAGCUGGGAAAGAAGGGAAACUCCUGGAGAGACCGGGAACCAAAAGGCGGGAGAUGAAUACCGAAGCACCUCCUAUGUACCAGGCACUGUGCUAAACGCGGGCCAUACGUUAUCUCGUUUAUCACAUGACCUUUUAAAGUAGGCAUAAUCACCAUUUUACAAGUGAGGAAACUGAGGCAGGCUUAAAUUAUCUUGUCCAGGGUCCCAGAUCAAUGCUCCUCAAACCUUCACCUGUGUGAGAAUGCCCAGGGAUCUGGUUAAAAUGCAGAUUCCAAUUCAGUCGAUUCUGCAUUUCUAACAAGGUUCAGGGCUUGCUGAUGCUCCUGGUGACCCGGGACCUCACUGAAAGCACCAGGUCCCGGGGAGUCAGGAGUGGAGCUGGCAUCUGAACCUGGGUCUGCCCAGCUCCAAGGCUCACAUCCUUGCUCUUCCACAACCAAGGACUCAUUCCAAGUUCUCCAAGGCUUUCGGUGAGAGACAUGUGUUCCCUGGUGGUUCCUUUUGCUGUGGUGAAGGCUGGAAUAACAGACAAUUCCUUCCCUGGACAAAGGUGUAUCAUUUCAAAGAAGAAGAAAAAAGAAAACGUGCAUUAAGCACCUGCUUGCUUACAAGGCAGGAUUUGGGCAGAUUGGCGAACUGGUGUUCUGAGAGAGGAAGUGUUUAAGGGAAACAGUAAAGCUGUUCCUUAUGUCUAUGGCCCUGCUCACCCCAUCCCAGGACGUGCACUUUGGAGGGGCCUGAAAGCUGCCACCCCAGGGGUUCUUUGACUUUUGGAGUUCAUGACUUUUGAGAAUCUAAUGCAAGCAUGGAGUCAAAAGCACACAUUGCCAGUUGGCAGCCACUUUGUAUACGUCUUAGUGAUUCUAGGUCCCCCAGAGACCAUCCCAGGUCUACAGGUCUACACUUCUUCAACAGAGUGUACUGAGGAGUUGGGGACAUCUCUUCUAACUGCAUUCAUCACGGGCCAGACCCAUGAUGCCCACCUGAACACCUUUCCAAGUUGAUGUGACUCUAGUGGCCACCUCAGGGGAGUCACUUAAAUCCCUCCACCUGGCAUCUCACUCCUGACCAACCCUCAGGUCCAAGGCAAACAAGGUUGCAAACCUUCCCUCUCCAGAUGCCUCGCUGGCCUGGACCCCUGCCAGAGGGACCACGCCCACAGUAUGCCAGGCCUGUUUACUCCAUUGGGAAAAUCAGUUGGGGGUCAAGGGUAUGGCACCAAGGAAGGCAAACAGAUCUAGAAGAAACCAAAUACACCGGCUCUUUUCUCCUCAUUCAAGUUCAAAGCACAUGGGAAUCUUAGGGAGGGGAGGACCACAAGAGAUCAAAGCCGGCUAUUUGAAAAUUGAAUCCGCCUGCAGUUUUGUCUGUUUGAGACCAGACAAGGCCUGUGCUGUGUGCCUCAUAUGGGGUGGCCGAUUUGAGAUCAUGAUAGAACCCUAGCGGGGGUGGCUGCAGGCAGAGAACCCAGAAUUUCUUUUGUCUGGUGACGGCGGGGCGGGGGUGGGGGUGCGGUGGGCAGUGGUAAGGGUGGCCCUGGCCAUCAAUGAUGGAAACACAAAGCUGGAAGGCUCAAUGGAGCUAUCAGUGCCUACCAAGGGAGCUCCAUGGCUGGAAAUUCAGGGCCUAUCUCUUUUUGCCCUAGCUACUUCCAUUUUGCAUUUGCAAAGGCUAAGUGGGUGGAAUUCUCUUAACUCCAGAAUUAGGGAUCCCAAAGCCCCCUCUGUGUUUAACAAACCUCUGUGCCAGAAGUUCUUCCUUAGGUCUACCUUAAAUUUCUUUUGCUGGUGCAUAAGCCAAUAUCCUCGAAUCCAGGGUUCAACAAACUUAUCAUAAUGGGCCAGAUAAAUAUUAAUAUUAUAGGCUGUGUUCCAAUGAAGCUAUUUAUGAACACAGAAGUUCAGAUAAUAUUCACUUGUCACAGACGAUUAUUCUUUUGAUUUUUUAAAACACAUUUUGAAAUGUGAAAACCUCUUAACUUGCAGACUACACAGAAACAGGCAGUGGGUUGUACUUGGAUCCCAGGCAGUGGUUUGCCAAUCUCUGCUUUAAUCUGCUGGUCUCGGCCUUCGCUGCACAUUAGGACAGUCUGGGAACUUUCAAAGGUACCAAAACUUUCAAAGGUGCCUGAGCCCACCUGCAAAGAUUCUGGUUUAAUCGCUCUGGGUUGUGUCUGGGCAUCGUACUUCUGCAAGGCAUCCAGGUGGCUCUACGUGUCACCUGGGCCUGGGCCUGGGCCCCCUGCCCUUGUCCUCCUGCAGGAGUGCAGCUGCUGACAAAUGGCCUGCUCCACCACUCACUACCUUGGUGAUCCUAGGAGACUUCAUUAAGGUCUCUGUGCCUGGAUUUAUCUGUAAAAUGGGGAUAAUCACUCUUUCUUCAUAGUGGUGUUGUGAGAUGUAAAUACAAAAUCCUAGCAACAUGCUUGCUACAGUGCCUGGCACAUAAUAAGCCCUCGGUGUUAGCUAAUUUAUUUUCUAGGAUGAUUUUAGCAGGUGUUCUGUUUCUUGACAGUGAUCCAUCAUGUACUCAGAGAUCAGUUCAAAGUCACCAUUUAGGAACAUUUCCCAAAGCAUGUUCCCUGGAACACUGUGCUGUGAGAUACUCCCUUAGGAAAGAGGGGAUGGGGUUCUGUGGUCAAAGAGGUUUGGAACACUGUUCUGGACUCAGCCCAAAGCAGCAUGUACAGAUUCUGUCCACUAAGGCAGAGCUGUGGAUGUCCGUGGCUUUGCAACAACAGGAUCAGGAGUUUCUAUAUAUCCCCCCUCCUCACCCUGAGGCUGGGAAGAGCUGAGCAGGAGGCCAAGCAGAAACCAAUAGCUGCUGGGAUGGUCACCCAUGCCCCCUGCAUUCCUCCUGAGGGAGCUUUCCAGCCAUUCCCCAGAGAUACUCACUGUUCCCACGGGGCUGCCUUUCUGUGACUUGUCUGGUGAUGCCAAGAGUGGCUCCUGAGCCUGCCAGAGAUGGGUGAAGGGUCAGAGGACAUGAGAACCAUGCCACAUGGGAAUGUGACAGCUUCACCUGCACCUUGAGGAAUCACCGAGCCAUAUGUCAUGUCCCGAAGCCAAGACCCCUUCCACCACCUAGAAGCUACAGGUGGAGCCUUUGUUGUUAAUUCACUCAAUCGUGGCACCCCAUGGACUGCAGCACGCCAGGCUUCCCUGUCCUUCACCAUCUCCUGGAGUUUGCUCAGACUUAUAUCCAUUGAGUUGGUGACGCCAUCCAACCAUCUCGUCCCCUUCUCCUCCUGCCUUCAAUCUUUCCCAGCAUCAGGGUCUGCCUUACUUCAAGCCAUAUUCAACACAUCCAAUACAAUCUGAUGUUGAGAUGACGGCCAUCAACUUCCUGGAAGGGAUCCGCUUUGCAGCUGGAGAGACUUCCAUGUAACCUGCAACACAUAACACGUUUAUGAAACAACAGAACAGCAAGGAAAAAUUGGUGCUGGGAGAGACAGCAGGAGAGGCAAACUAUUUAGGCUCCUCGUUGGGGGUUGCAUGCAGUUGACAGGGACACCAUGUCCUUCAUGAUGAUCUUCACUCCUGUGGGAGACGGGAGGGCAUGGUAGGACUUGCCAAUCUGAAGAAACAGGGCUUCCAUCACAGGGAGUAUAUUUACUGAAUCCUAAAUCAGGAUGGUGGUCUGAUGGAGGAUAAGCAGCCUCUUCUGGAUGCGAAAGGCUUUCUGGUCCCUCCGUCAUUUUUGUGUUAUUGUUGGAACAAGGAAUAGUGACUUUAUUCGGAAAGCCAGCCAACCCCAUCUUGCCUGAGUUAGAAUUCAGUCUCCUUUUAUAUUUAAACGGGAAACUCAAAACACUUUCUGGUUCCCAUCAGCCUUCAUCUCUUCCUCCCUGCAGUCAGUCAUUCACAGGUGAACCUGAUCAGAUUGUUCCUUGUGUGCUAAACAAAGGUAUUUUAGCUUAAUGCUCAUUAUCUGGGAAGCAGGGUUCCCAGUAAUGGGCCAUUAUGUGUAAUUUAAGUUUGUAGGCAAUGUCCCUGUAGUGAUUUAUUUGUAAUAGGAUACAAAAGGUCUUCCCUAUCACAAUUCCCACUGUCAAUGUCCGUCCCAGUCUUGUGGGGGAAAGACCUGGGAACUUGGCAGAAAUGUGGGAUCCCAGCCCCACUGGGACCUACUGAAUCAGUAUCUCUAGGGGUGGGUUUUCACAAGUUCUCCAGACUGUCCUUGUGCACAGUAAAGGUUCAGAGACACAGCAGAGGCAGAGGGGGAGACAGGACAGUCAGACAACCAGGGACAUUUGGAUGAUUCGGGGGCGUUUGCAUAUGGGUGUGAGUUGACCAAUCUGAGAUCCACUUUGCCUGGUUAAUAACCAGCAGUGACCAACUUGCAGGCUCCAAGGCCCUGCCUCCUGGGCUGGAACUGGCCUUUAUUUUCAGAGGAAAUGAAGUGGAGCAUCUGGGCCUGGGGCCUCAGUCGUUGGGUUUUCUGGCUCUUGGGAACUUCCCUGGGGGACUAUGGUUCCUAUUUAUAAAGUACACCCUUGAGUCCCAUGAUGGCGUGUUGCAUGCACUCUCUUGAGCUGUAAAUAAAGAGAUGAUGGUUAA